ACAUUCUCUCUCUCGCGCGCGCCGUAUUCGAUCGCUGCUCGGAGCUCAAAUCUUGCGACACUGUUCCUCCAGAGAAGAAGGAAUCCCUAAAUCGUAAACGAUCUUCCCUCUUUUGGGUUCUUUUUUUUUUUGUUUGAUGCUUUCUUAUAUUUCUAUUUAAUCGCGUUUGAUUUUUAGUUGUUAUAUUCUGUUUAUCGCCUUAAUUGCAAUUUUAGGGUUCAUUUGUUUGAUUAUUUCUUAUAUUUCUAAUUAUCCCGUUUGAUUUCUGUUUAUCGCCUUACUUGGAAUUUUAGGGUUUUCUGUUUGAUUGCUUUGAAGUGUAGGACCCUGUUUGUUGUAUACAAGCUAAAGAAAAACGAACCCCAAUCUGGGUUUUCACUUGGUCAGCUAAGUUAGUUAGUGAUAUUUAAGUAUUAAACCCAUGGAUUCGUACCCAAGAAUCCCUCUCCAGAGGAGUAAUCCCGAAAACCUGGACAGAUUUAUUCCAAAUCGUGCCGCUUUGGACUAUGACUACGCUCAUUUCAUGCUCACCGGAGGAGAAAGAAAAAGCAAAGAGAACCCUUCUCCUUAUCGAAAGAUGCUGGAGGAAUCGUUUCAAAUGAAUCGGCCUCGAAUUCUGUCCUUCAAGGACAACCCGCCAACCCCAAUUGAACCCAUUCCAAGGAGAUUGCUUUUGCCUCCUUUGCAUAAGCCCAAAUCUCUUCGACAUAUUCCUCAGGGUCCAGAGAGGAUACUGGAUGCUCCACGUAUCGUAGAUGAUUUAUCCUUGAAUUUAUUGGACUGGAGCAGCAAGAAUAUUCUUGCAGUUGCUAUUGGAAACACAGUGUACCUGUGGAAUGCUUCGAACUCAUCCAUUGCACAACUUGUCACAAUCGAUGAGGAAGAUGGUCCUGUUACAAGCGUCAGUUGGGCUUGUGAUGGGUGGCAGAUUGCCGUUGGCUUAAAUAAUUCCUUUAUCCAGUUAUGGGAUUCAAUCUCCCUUAAACGGGUAGGAAUGUUUAGAGGUGGGCGCCAAGGAAGAUUAGGUUCAUUGGCCUGGAAUAAGAACAUUCUUACCACCGGGGGAAUGGACGGUCGGAUAACAAAUAACGAUCCAAGAGUGAGAUACCACAUUGUUGGGACCUUCAAGGGUCACCAGCAGGAAAUCUCUGGAUUGAAAUGGCCAGAUUCAGGCCAACAUUUGGCCAGCGGAGGGAAUUACAAUCUUCUCUUUAUAUGGGAUAGGUCGACAAUCUCUUUAAAUUCACCGCGCAAAUGGCUUCACAGGCUUGAGGAUCACAUUGCAGCAAUCAAGGCUCUUGCUUGGUGUCCAUUUCAAGAAAAUUUGCUAGCCUCUGGUGGAGGUGAAGGUGACCAGUGCAUUGAGUUCUGGAAUACACGCACGGGUCUCAUGCUUGAACUGGUUGAAAACGGCUCGGAGGUGUGUGGUCUCCUGUAGUAGAUUACUCUUUUUCCUUUUAGCCUCUCUAUAGUCAUUUCUGAUUUAUAAUUUCAUGUAUGUGCCAUUUUCUUGACCUGUAUAUGCAACAUGAUUGACUUCUGUUCUUGAGUUGGCAUUGUCUAAAUUCUAGAAUGCGAUCCAGUUUCAUUUGGUUUAUGAAAGAGCCUUAUUUUUAUGCAUAUCAUGUGCUUUCCAGUUUUUUAUUUGUCGGAUAAUUGAUUGUGUGUGUUGAUUGCCAUGAUGCAUGUUUAUACAUCUAUCGCACUGGAAGCAUCUUAUAACCCGAUUAUAAUGUAGAAUAUGCCAGAUAUCCAGUCGGCAUGGUUACAUCAUCGAAAAAACGAUGCCU